AUGUCUCUCACAUUCCGCCCCGCAACACCACAAGAUGUCACCCCUCUCCGCGCCCUCGUAAUGUCCGCCUACCGCGGCCCCGACUCCCGCGCAGGCUGGACAACAGAAGCCGACCUCCUCGCCGACGAGCGCAUAUCCCCCGCCGAUCUCCUCGCCAAAAUCACCGAUCCCAACGGCGCAGUCAUCCUCGCCUUCACAAGCUCCCCCUCCUCAUCUGGAACUUCAACGCCAGAAGGCGACAGCGAUCCCCAUCUCGUCGCAUGCUGCGAGGUUGUUCAGAAAGACUCUGAGCGCGCUUACUUUGGCCUCUUUGCCGUGUCGCCGAAGCUUCAGGCUGGCGGUAUUGGAAAGCAGGUGCUUGGGUAUGCGGAGAAUUAUGCGGUUAGGACUUGGGGAACAAAGAUCAUGACGAUGUGGGUUAUCUGGACGAGGAAGGAAUUGAUUGACUGGUAUGUUAGAAGGGGAUAUGUAAAGACGGGGGAGAAGAGUCCGUUUCCGUAUGAGGGGCUUGUUAAUGGAAAGGCGUUGAGGGAUGAUUUGUACUUUGAUCAUUUGGAGAAGGUGUUGGCAUAG